CCUCAUCCCAUUGAUUUGCUGCUCUUAAGUUAUAAAAAUAGCAAGCAAAAUCUAGUCCAAAUCUCACGGUUAUAGUUACAUGUUGGUUUGCUGUUGGUAUUUUGUUAAUAAAUUCCAGUGAGUCUGUGGUCAUGGGAAGAGCUCCAUGUUGUGACAAAACCAAAGUUAAGAGAGGGACAUGGUCUCCUGAAGAAGACAUCACUCUCAAGAACUAUAUUGAGAAAUUUGGCACUGUUAGCAAUUGGAUUUCUUUACCACAAAAAGCAGGACUUAUGCGUUGUGGUAAAAGUUGCCGUUUAAGGUGGCUCAACUAUCUUAGGCCAAACAUCAAGCAUGGAGGUUUUACUGAAGAGGAAGACAACAUCAUAUUGUCAUUAUACCAUAAUAUGGGAAGCAGGUGGUCGGUCAUAGCUUCCCAUCUUCCAGGAAGAACAGACAACGAUGUGAAGAACUAUUGGAACACCAAGUUGAAGAAGAAGCUACUCUUGAAGAACACUACCUUCAAAUCCACCACCAACACUAAACUCAAUACUUAUUGUCAUAGAAAUUCAGAUUGUUCCAAUACGAGCACUUCUGGUGUGUUACAACAUGCAAUGAUUAAUGCCAACUAUCAACAAAAUCUAGUUCCAGAAGUCGUGCUUUCAGACCCGAUUCAAGUUCCAGAGAGUGGCAGCCCAAGUACAUAUAUUUGUAGCUCUGGAGGAGUAUCUACAUCAUCUCAAGAAGUCACAAGUCUUUCACCAUUCGAAAACAAAGAUGGGUUGUGGCCUGGAAAUGGAGGAGGAGGAGCUGCACAAGAUGAUGAUGGGUUUUUAAUGGGUUUAGUAGGGUCUGGUUUCUACUAUGAUCUUCUAAAUGACUUCGAUUUUGAAGAGAAAAUCGGUUAAGUUUGUCCAAAUUUAUAUAUAAUCUAGUGCUUACGUACCCUACUAACAGUUUGUUUAUUUCUGAUGGAAAAUAUUUUUUCUAAAAAAAUAAAAUGGAGAAUAAGACAUUAGUUGGUAGUGACAGAUUUUAAUUUCUUUAGUAGUGUGCUGUGGUGAUUGCAGAUGAACAAGUUAAUGUGUAUGU